CAACAACAACAUUUUAAAGCAUUCAAAGCGUUUUCUCAAGCAAUGUUCCCAACAUUUGUUCCCAGUGCAGGAUUUCGAGAGUUCUGCGUGUGAUUCUCCUUUUUUAACACUAGGUGGCGCAGUGCAGUACACAGCCGCUGUAGAAUCAGUAUCUCUCUCUAUCUACCGGAAGUAGCUCGUUUUCCGCAGUAUGGCGGCGCCCAUGCCCAACGUGGGUGAUGUGUUUGUGUAACUAACGGGGAUGAAGCGUAAGAACCCGGGUCGGGCUGGGCCCGAGCAGAUCAAGAAGAUCCAGCUCUCCGUGCAGCAGUAUGUAGAGAAAGCGGAGGGCGGCGGGGGGUUGGAUACUGAGAUUCGUGGUCCUAUAAGAUUCCCGGGGACUAGAGGCAGACUGAAGAACCGUAAGGAGCUGAGGAAGGAGAAGAGGCUUUCCAAGAAGAUCAGAAGGAAAGUCUACUAUGAGAGGAAGUUCUCAGGGAAACAAGGAGCCCAGGGGGCUUCAGGCGAUGAUCAGGGGGGAUCUAAGGCCAGUCACCCCCCUGCGAAGAAGACCCCAGCCCCCCCACCAUCAGCCCCUGGGCAGGAGGGCAAGAAGAGUCGCCAGGUGAUAGCCAAGCAGCCAGGGUCCAAGAAGAAGAAGAAGCUGAGCAAGGAGGAGGCCAGGAAGAAGGCUCUGCUGGAGGCUAAUGAGAGGGAGGAAAAGGAGAUCAAGAGGCUGGAGAAGAGUCUGAGGAUGAACAAGAAGAAGAACAAGAAGAGCUCCUUACCCCAGGCCUUCGCCCAAGAUGGGCUGGAUUAUAUUCUGGGGGCCCUGGAGCCAGGAGGCGCUACCUUUGGGCUCUAUGAUGAUGAGGAAGAGGAGGCGAACACUGCGGAUAAACUGCACAGACUGUCUGAACAGGUGGACGAGGAAAAGUCAGAGGAGAACAGCGAGGAGGAAGAGUCCGAGAUGGGUGAUGACAGCGAUGGAGGAGACGACGUGGAGGGAGAUCAUGGAGAAAAAGGUUCCUCAGAGGCAGAACUGUCUGAGGAGGAGGUGGCCAUGGAGCAGGAACAGGAGGAGUUGGGAGAAGAUGAUGCUCAAGAGGAUGAGGAUGAUCAGUCAGAAGGGGCCUCCCAGGGCUCAGAUGAUGAUGAUGAUGAUGUGGAGAAAUCAGAUACCAAGACUUCUCCCGAUCAGGACAAGUAUGUUCCUCCCCAUCUCAGACAAUCUGCUGCUGCUGCAGAGGCAAAGAAGAGAGAAGAGCUUGAGAGGCUAAGGAAGAGUGUGAAGGGUCUGAUGAACAGACUGAGCGAACCGAACAUGGCCUCUAUUAGCGGGCAACUGGAAGAACUCUACAUGACCAACAGCAGAAAGGACAUGAAUGACACAGUAUCCAAUGUUCUCCUCAAUGCCUGCAUCACUCCAGCUAAAAUGCCAGACCGACUUAUGAUGGAGCACGUACUUCUCAUCAGUAUAUUGCACCACACUGUGGGGAUCGAGGUGGGGGCGCACAUCCUGGAGACGGUGGUGAAGCAGUUCCAUGACCAAUACGAAGAGAUCACAGACAGUAAAGAGUGCGAUAACCUGAUCACCUUCAUUGGACACCUGUACAACUUCCACAUCAUAGACUCCCGCCUGGUGUUCGAUAUACUAAAGAUGAUGGUGUCCACAUUCACAGAGAGAAACAUAGAGCUCAUCCUGCUGCUGCUGAAGAAUGUUGGCUUCUCUCUACGGAAAGACGAUGCCCUAGCUCUAAAGGAACUGAUCUGUGAGGCUCAAAACAAAGCCAGCGCUGUGGAUAAGAAGUUUCAGGAUCAGUCUCGAGUCCGGUUUAUGUUGGAGAUCAUGUUGGCGUUAAAGAACAAUGAUAUGCGCAAGAUACCAGGUUACGACCCCGAACCAGUGGAGAAACUACGGAAAGUUCAACGAUCAUUGGUUCAUAACAGUGCAUCCGGAAGUGACACUCGUCUCCGUGUAUCUCUGGAGAACAUUCUGGAAGCUGACAAGGUCGGUCGCUGGUGGAUUGUCGGAUCAUCAUGGAGUGGAGCGCCAAUGAUUGGACAGUCCUCAUCCACUGCAUCGGCACCAGCGGUUGGAAAGGUCAGCGCAAAGAUCAUGGACCUGGCUCGAAAACAGCGAAUGAACACAGACAUUAGGAGAAAUGUCUUCUGCGUUGUCAUGACCAGUGAAGAUUAUUUGGAUGCUUUUGAGAAGCUGCUGAAGUUAGGCCUGAAAGAUCAUCAAGAAAGAGAAAUUGUCCAUGUUCUCAUUGACUGUUGUCUGCAAGAGAAAAACUACAACCCAUUCUAUGCCUUCCUGUCCAGCAAGUUCUGCGAAUAUGAUAGAAGGUUCCAGAUGACGUUCCAAUUCAGUAUGUGGGAUAAAUUCCGUGACUUGGGAAGCUUGUCAGCAUCUACAUUCUCAAACCUCACUCUUUUUCUGAGUCACCUGCUAAAAAGCAAAUCUCUACCACUCUCUAUAUUUAAAGUCAUAGAGUUCAGUGAAUUGGAUAAGACUAAAGUCUCCUUCCUGCGUCAAGUUCUCUUCAAGCUACUGAUGGAUUGUGAAUCUGACGAUCUCGCUGUCUUAUUUGGAAAGAUCUCUGACAACCCCAAGCUGGGAAUGCUUCGAGAGGGCUUAAAACUCUUCAUUUCGCAUUUCUUGCUGAAGAACAUCCGGGCACAGAAGACGCCGGAGGAAGCAGAAUUGCUCACCCAAAAAGCAGACUUAGCAGUUAAAGCUCUGCAGGCUAAGGAGAGCAAGCUACGCCUAUAGAAGACAAAGCGUAUUGAGAAAACUACACAAUCUGGAUUCUCGGUGUGCCUAAACCAGUGUUUCCCAACCAGGGUGCCUCCAGC